AUGAUUAAUAAUAAACAUAUAUUGUUGAUAAAGUUUUUUAGCCAGACGCUACUUAAGUAACAUUUAUUUUUAUUAUAAUAUAUUAUUUAUUUAAAGGCUUAAUUAUAUGAAGAAAUUGCUCAAGAAGUUGUUAAUGAUGUACUUAUUGGUUAUAAUGGUACUAUUUUUGCAUAUGGAGUUUCGGGAAGUGGAAAAUCCCAUACUAUGUUUGGAAAUAUGUACAAUCCUGAAUAAUAUGGAAUUAUUCCUAGAAUGAGUAAUUAAUUAUUUGGAAAAAUACAAAAUUAAACUGAAUUAGAUAUCGAAUAUACUAUUAAAUGCUCAAUGCUUGAAAUUUAUAAAGAAAACUUACACGAUUCGCUAAAUUUAGAAGUAAAACAUGAAUUAAAAAUAAAAGAAACACCUUAAAAAGGUAUUUACGUUUAAGGAUUAUCUGAAAAAAUUAUUAAAAACGAAUAAGAACUUGUAUAAAUCAUAGAAUAUGGUUAUUCUAAUAGAUAGACAAGAGCCACUAGAUUAAAUGAAUACAGUUCUCGAUCACAUACAAUUUUUAUGGUUUAAAUAACAUAAAAACUAAUUAAUGGAACCAAAAAAAUUGGAAAAUUAAAUCUUAUUGAUUUAGCAGGUUGUGAAAAAGUAUCAAAAAGUGGAGCAGUAGGUGAAGGAUUAGAAGAAACUAUUAAAAUAAAUUUAUCUUUGAGUUGCUUAGCCAAAGUUAUUUAUUCUUUGACUUCAAAUUAAGAUCAUAUACCUUAUAGAGAUUCUAAAUUAACAAGGAUUUUAUAAGAAUCAUUAGGAGGAAAUUAUAAGGUUUAAUAAAUUUUAUUUAAAAUAAAUAAUAAUUUUUUUAAAAAAAGACUUCUCUUAUUGUUACUUGUUCAACUCAUUCGAAAUUUCUAGAUGAUACCAUUUCAUCUUUAAAGUUUGCGGCUAGAACAAAAAUAAUAAAAAAUCAUUUUAAAGUUAAUUUAAUUCAUUCUUAAGAAUCACUAAAAUAGCAAAUAGAUUUUAUGA